AUGGUACUGAAGGGAGUAAUGAAAGAAACAGGCAAUUUAGAAGUUUGUUACAGCAAUUCAAGCAAGAGACAAGAGACGCUGGUGGCUUGGACAAUAAUUUUGGCAGGGGAGAGGCCGCGGAAUCGCGGCCAGUUCUGGGAAGUGGGCGGUGGCAGCGGCGACCGGCUGGAGCGCGCGGCCGCGGAGUCGGAGCGCUGGGAGCUGCUGCUCCGCCGCGGCGAGCUGCUGGCGCUGGGCGGCCACUUGAAGGGAGCGCUGGAGGCGUAUUCGGCGGCGCUGCGCCGUGGGGCCCCGGUGAGGCCCGAGCGGCUCGGCACCUUGGUCGACUGCCUGGUGCUCAACUACCGGCUUCGCCACGGGCUGGGCUGGAGCGCGGCCCCAGCUGCGGGCACGGACGCCGGCACCGGUGGGCUCCUGAGCUGCCUGGGCUGCCAGGGCUUUCUGAGCGAGCCGGUGACCGUGCCCUGUGGCCACAGCUACUGCCGCCGCUGCCUGCGGGGAGAGCUCCGCGCUCACUGCCGCCUCUGCCGGGACCGCCUGCCGUCCGCCGCUGCCACCACUGAUGCUGAGGGGACCACGUCGCGGCCACCGCCCCUGGCCGCCGCCAUCACCGCCUCAGGCUUCAGGACCAGUGUCGUUCUUAAUCACCUGGCUGAGAAGUGGUUCCCGGGCCUGCGGGAGAGGGCCCGGGCUGCCGGCCGGCUCGGGGAGCUGCUGCACCAGGGACGCUACCGGGAGGCCCUGGCUGCCGCUUGCGAGGCGCUGCGAGCAGGUGACCGCGUCUACUUCAGGAAAGGGAAAAUACUCCGUGAUGCUGGUUUUUUAGGUGAUGCCUUACAACUGUUUCUUCAGUGCUUAGCCCUUGAUGAAGAUUUUGCACCUGCAAAGCUAGAAGUAGAAAAGAUUUUGUGUGAUUUAUUAUCCCCUGAAAACUUAAAAGAAGGCUUGAAGGAAUCUUCCUGGAGUUCAUUACCAUCUACUAAAAACAAAGCUUUUGAUUUUCCUUCAGUAAUGGAAGAAUCUCAUUCUCCUUGUGAGGUUAGCCCAGAGCAGAAUGAAGCAGUUCCAGAGGUCAUUUCAGAACCUGUCAAAGGAAGCUUAAACCGUGCUCAGUCAGCACAGGCUAUAAAUUCAACAGAAAUGCCUGCCAGAGAGGAUUGUUUAAAAAGAGUUUCCUCAGAACCUUUACUCUCAGUUCAGGAAAAAGGUUCUCUGCUGAAAAGAAAGCUGUCUCUUUUAGAACAGGAUGUGAUUGUAAAUGAAGAUGGAAGAAAUAAGCUUAAAAAACAAGGAGAAUCUCCCAGUGAAGUCUGUACAUUAUCCUUAGUGUGUCAUGACAUCCCAGAAGAAUUGAUAGAUGUCUCAGAUUUUGAAUGUUCUCUCUGUAUGAGGUUGUUUUUUGAGCCAGUAACAACCCCUUGUGGACAUUCAUUCUGUAAGAAUUGUCUUGAGCGCUGUUUAGAUCAUACACCAUAUUGUCCACUUUGCAAAGAGAGCUUAAAAGAGUAUCUAGCAGAUAGGAGGUACUGUGUCACACAGCUGUUGGAAGAAUUAAUAGUGAAGUAUCUGCCUGAUGAGCUGUCUGAGAGAAAAAAAAUAUAUGAUGAAGAAACUGCUGAACUCUCACACUUGACCAAGAAUGUUCCAAUAUUUGUUUGCACUAUGGCCUAUCCCACUGUGCCUUGCCCUCUUCAUGUAUUUGAGCCAAGAUACAGACUGAUGAUUCGAAGAAGUAUACAGACUGGAACGAAACAGUUUGGGAUGUGUGUCAGUGACACACAAAAUAGUUUUGCAGAUUAUGGCUGUAUGUUACAAAUUAGAAAUGUGCAUUUCUUACCCGAUGGAAGAUCUGUGGUUGAUACGGUUGGAGGAAAGCGGUUUAGAGUUCUAAAAAGAGGAAUGAAGGAUGGAUAUUGCACUGCAGAUAUUGAAUAUCUGGAAGACGUUAAGGUUGAGAAUGAAGAUGAGACCAGGAAUCUCAGAGAGCUUCACAAUUUGGUAUACUUUCAAGCCUGUAGCUGGUUCCAAAAUUUAAGAGAUAGAUUUCGAAGUCAGAUUCUUCAGCACUUUGGAUCAAUGCCUGAGAGGGAGGAAGACCUUCAGGCAACCCCUAAUGGACCUGCAUGGUGUUGGUGGCUUCUCGCAGUUCUUCCUGUAGAUCCCCGAUAUCAGCUGUCGGUUUUGUCAAUGAAGUCUUUGAAAGAACGGUUGACAAAGAUACAGCAUAUACUGACCUAUUUUUCUAGAGACCAGUCUAAGUAACUAAUUGCUUGGAUCUUCCUUUAAACAGUUAUUCUAAUCUGGCUAUGUUGACAGCCAGAUUGUUCGCUGCCUUUGCACAUCCAGUGCUGGUUUAAGAAAUGUAAUGAAACUGUUGUUUUCAUUUUGUUUUGUUUUUUCUUCAACCUCCUGAUUCAUGUGGUUCUUCAAAUGAAUACCUUCAACUAGGAUCUAGACCACUGAGAACUUGCACAGAAAAACACGCACUGAAUGUGUGUUAAACCUCUACAUUGUGAUGAAGUUGCACUAUGUACCAUAUUCUAAAAUGAAAUGAGAACUCUGUGUGUAUGGGUUGUCUGUGUGUGUGCGUGCGUGUAUGUGUGCGUGUGCACGUGCGUGCGUGCGUGUGCGUGUGCAUGGGUAGUAUGUGUGCAUUUUCUCUGGCUUUAAAAUUUUAAAAGAAAAAAAAGCCAUAGAGAGCAGAACUUACAGAGGGUCAUUUGUUGCCCAAGUUUACAACAGUAGCGAUACAGUUUUUUGCAAAUUGAAUUUGCCUCAGAUAUAUCUGUCCUAAUGCUUAUAUUUGCACAAGUAUGUAACAUAUGGUAUUGAGUAUCACUAUUUGUUGGAAAUACUGCUCUUGCUGACCUGUCUUGACCAUUGACUAUGACACAGUUUCUUAUUUAUGUAAAUACUUGCAUCACAGUGCCUGAUAGGCAUUGGAUGUAGAACCUAGAGCCAGUUUUCAGGAACAAUUACAAACCUGACAUGGUACUGUGCAUCUAUUCAUAAAACACUUAAAACUGUGAAAAUAUGGUUUACAUUUAAUUGUACAUAAAGACAAAUGGAGAACUCAAUUCAGUAUCAGUUAGUUUGUACAUUUUAGGGGCUUUCCCAUGAACUGCCCAUCUAUGUAAUUUAUAGUUUGACAUGAUGUGUUUGUUUUAAAGAAAAAAGUACAUAGUAUAAACCCAUUGAGGAACUAGGGGAAGAAGAGAAGCUUAAUGUAGACCUAAGCUUUUAAAGUUUGUUUUAAUUUUAAAUUCUAGUCUUGGUGCAAAUGUUAGUUAUGCCUUAUUCACAUCACAAUUAGAUCACCAUGCUGUGGCAUGGUUUAUAUUCAUGCUGCCCUAGAUACUUUUGUAAUUAUUUGUUGCAAACUUGUGACUGUCUCUAUUAGCUUUCUUUUAUGUAAGUCAUUUGUAAAAGUUUCUUACAAAUUUUGCUUUUGCUUAUUUAAUUUUGAAUAAAAGCUAAAUUCAUAAUAA